CCCGUGCAGAGUUGCAGACCAGUCAGAAGCGUGUCGCAUACGAACGUGAGAGUAUUCAAUUCGUUUUAAACGUGCUUAAAGAAAUUUAAAUAACAUUUUCAUAUUAUUCUGCCAAUAUUUUUGCUGAUGCAGAAAAAACUGUGCUAAAUUGUGCAAACUCUAAAAAGCAAGUGAAAAUUUAAAGAAAAAAACCCAAAAAACACAAACUUCUAAGUGACAAAAAAUAAAUAAAAUAAAUUUUUGGAGAAAUUUAUUAAAAAUAUUAAAAAAGAAAUAAAAAUAAAAUGGCUACAAGUGCAAAUGAAAGCAAAUCUCCUGUUGCCGCUACUGGAAAUGGCUCAGUCGCCGGCGCCGCCUCCGCUGGUGUCGUAGCGAUCGAGCAAAGCAAAGACGUACAGAAUCUUUUGCCACAUUUAGAAUCGCUGGAGCGUAUUAUUAAAUUGCCGGUUGUAGGCGCGGCAUGGGACAAAAGUCAGGAUGUCUACCAAAAUGUGAAAGGUCGCAAUCGUGUUUUCAAUUGGGCUCUCAACGCCGCCGAGGAUUGCGUCUCACGCGCUGUCGUCACUGCCGCUCCGAUCGUCUCCAAAUUGGAUCGUCCUAUACAAUAUGUUGAUCAGACACUCGUCAAGGGCAUUGACAAGUUGGAAGUCUCAGCCCCUAUCAUCAAAGAUACACCACAAGAGAUUUACAAUCAAGCUAAGAAUAAGGUUGUUGAAGUCGUACAGCCACAUAUCGAACGUGUGACAAAAUUCAAGACUGCCGGCCAACAAAAAGCUUCCUCAUUAAAGGACUUAGCGUGGGCCAAGGCUAACGAGGUUUUGGCUACACAAUAUGGUAGUCUUGCGGUGUCCGGUGUUGAUAACACCACAGCAUUGGCGGAGCGUUUGCUGGAAUAUUAUUUCCCAAAAGGCGAAGGCGAUGUUGAGGAGGAUAAUGAUAAUAAACAAAUUGCUGUCGUGCAAAAUGGCAAACAUCUAGAAAAUGACAUACCAGUUUCCGCCACCGAGGACCCCGUACUCCACACCGUACAAACCGUUGGCCGACUCUCGCACAAGAUCUCGCGUCGUGUCUAUCAGAACGUAUCCAGACAGAUCAAACGUAUGCAACAAGGAAACUUAAAUGACUAUUUAAGUUCGCUAAUUGCCGUACUGAAAUUGCAUCAAUACAUUAAUUUCAUCAACUCAUCGAUGGGCACAAAUGUCGAGCAAUCGACAAUUGCCGAUGUAAGUGCCAACACCACAGCCGCUGCACCAGCUUCAGCCGUAGUUGCUUCAAGCUCGAACAAUAGCAAUCUGCCCAAAAGCAACAAGACCGCAGUAGCAAUAGCGGCAGCGCCAGCGGCCGCGGAGAGCUCGCCAAAGUCAGCGUCGUCAUCUUCAUCGUCAUCGCCAAACUCCACAUCGGCGGCGGUAAGGCGUUCCAAGUCGCCGAACUCGACGUCGUCGCCAAAGGGAAACUAAAGCCAUAAAGCAGAGGAAGCGGAGGAGUAUAAGAGGAGAAAAAUACAAUAAAAAUGUUUAAGAAUAUUUUAAUUGAGUGGAGAAGUCGAAGAAAGAGUGGAAACGCAAAAAUAUUUUAAGAAUUUUUUUUUUUUUAAAUAAUUUAAUGCAAAAAGCCAAGAACAUGCAUAUAAAUUUUUUUUUAUUUGAAUGUGCAAAGGAAAUUGUAGGCAAACAUACAUACAUGCACACAGUGCCGAAGGUUUUGAAGAUACAUAUUUAUUUGAGAAAAUUGCGCUUCACACAUACGAAAAGCUGCAUUUGUAUGUAUUUGAUUUACAAAGCUGUAAAUAUGUAAUGUUCAUGCCUAAAAUGCACUCCUAGAAACCACUUACAUAGAUACAUACAUACAUACAUUGAUUUUCACCAUUUUUUACACACACCACUGUAUUUUUGCACACGCAUGUAUGUAUAAUCAAACUACUUUUAGGCGUUUAAGCUUUUAAUUUAACAGAAAUUAGUUAUUGUAUAUGAUAAUUACAUAUAUAUACGUACAUACAUAUAUACAAAUAAAGUUUAGUAGUAUAGCUGCGCUAAAGAUAAAUACAUAUAUAUUAAAUAUUAAAUAUAUAAAACAUAUUUACAUAUUGCUUAAGUAAACGCAUACAUACACACCUACAGACUUACACGUCUAAACAUCAACAGAUUUUGUAGUUUGAAGAAUUUUUUUUCGAAGCAAUUCCUGUAAGAAUAUUCAUCAUCAAUUCAUUUUAAUUAUGUAUAACUUUAUAUGUUUAAUUGUAUAUACAUAUGCAUACAUACAUACAUAAAAUUAUAACAUAUUAUGCAUUAUAAAAUUAUUAUGCUGAAAUAAUAAAGAAAUGAAGUAUAGAAGAAAGAAAA